GUUUCUCUCUCUCUUUCAAUUUUCAAGCCUAAAAUCUACUCUGAAUCGAGUUUAGAAGAGUAAAGUUGAAGGCUUAGAUAGCUAACCAAUAUGUACAGUUUGAUGAAUGGAGGAGAUGCAUUGCUCUCGAUUUAUUGAUGAUAAUCUGAAAACUAUCUCCACAAAGUUUCGGUAAUUUUUCAUCUUCAAUCAAUCAAAGCAGAUAUUUUGAAUCGACUUUUAAUUUCUUCAACCAUUGAAGAUGAAAGGCAUCUUUUUGUCUCUCAUGCUUGGAUGCGUCGGCGAUAUGCAAGACAAAGUAUCCGAUUAACCCAUCAUCCGCAUAUCUACCCACUUCUUGUUUUCCUCGAUUCUGCGAAAACCGCUUUGGCACUGGUUGUUCUUUCGCUUAUCGUCAUCAGGUAUUCUGCCUUCUCUUUCUCCAAUCGCCUCUGGUUCGGGUAACUAUCUUUGGCGUCUUAUUGUAAUAACUCUGUGUUAGGGUUCUUUGAAAAAUUCGUCAAUUUUCGGUCAGGUUCGGCUGAGCUCGGCUCGAAAGGCUAUUCCUUUUGUGGAUAGAUGAACUAAACUUAAGCUGGGUUCAUUUCAAAUUUAUCAGUUCCAACUCGUUUCAGUAAAUUGAUUGAUGAACGACAGACUCUUGGGGGUUGGGGAUAUUGCUUCUGCUACACGGUGUUUAUCAAAGUAUGUUGCUCGUCAGUUUCAGCUAAUUUUCUUCUGCAAUGCUUUGUCGCCGGUAGAUUUUGGCGUGUAGAUCCUAAUCUGUGAUGGGAUAUUGUUUGGCUGAUAAUCUUGAUUGCAAAGUUGAAGAGUUGGCAUAGGCGAUGGACACAUCAAAGUAUUACCAUCUCCUUUCCCAAUUGACUUACUCACCUCCGAUAUGGGCAAGUUUGAUCGCUGGUGUUUUCCUACUUCUCACCCUCUCCCUUUCCUUAUAUCUAAUGUUGGAGCACCUUUCCACUUACAAGAAUCCUGAGGAGCAAAAGUUUCUGAUCGGAGUCAUCCUUAUGGUUCCUUGCUAUUCCGUAGAGUCCUUUGCUUCACUGGUGAAUCCAUCCUUUAGCGUUGAUUGCGGGAUACUACGAGAUUGUUAUGAAUCUUUUGCCAUGUACUGUUUCGAAAGAUACCUUGUCGCCUGUUUAGGUGGAGAAGAAAGGACCAUUGAAUUUAUGGAGAGACAAGGGCGUAUGAGCUUCAAGACACCUCUUUUAGAUCACAAUGAUGAUAAAGGAACAAUAAAGCAUCCUUUUCCUAUGAAUUACAUCUUAAAACCAUGGAGACUUGGUCGAUGGUUAUACCAGAUGUUAAUAAAGUCUUUGACCGCUCUCAUGGCUGUGAUUCUUGAAGCAUUUGGUGUAUACUGUGAAGGAGAGUUUAAAUGGGGUUGCGGGUACCCGUAUAUGGCAGUUGUUCUAAAUUUUAGUCAGUCAUGGGCAUUGUACUGUCUAGUUCAGUUCUAUGCUGCAACAAAAGACGAGCUUGCGCACAUAAAGCCACUGGCCAAGUUUUUAACGUUCAAGUCAAUUGUGUUUCUGACUUGGUGGCAAGGUGUUGCCAUUGCUCUUCUUUAUUCCAUGGGUUUGUUCAAAAGUCCCAUAGCACAAAGCUUGCAGUUGAAAUCUAGUGUGCAAGACUUCAUCAUUUGCAUAGAGAUGGGUAUUGCUUCUGUUGUUCACCUGUAUGUGUUUCCUGCUAAACCAUACAAGCUUAUGGGAGACCGCUUCACUGGAGCAGUUGCGGUUCUUGGAGAUUAUGCAUCUGUGGACUGUCCUCUUGAUCCAGAUGAAGUUAGGGACAGUGAGAGACCAACCAAGCAAGGCCUCCCACAACCAGAUUUUGAUGUGAGAAGUGGCAUGACCAUCAAAGAAAGCAUGAGAGAUAUUUUUGUUGGUGGCGGUGAAUACAUUGUGAAAGAUGUGAAAUUCACUGUAACUCAAGCCGUGGAACCAGUGGAAAAGAGCAUCACGAAAUUCAAUGAAAAACUGCACAAGAUCUCUCAGAACAUAAAGAAGCAGGAUAAAGACAAGAGAAGAGUCAAGGACGAUAGUUGUGUCACAUCAUCUGGUCGGAGAGUGAUCCGUGGGAUUGAUGAUCCACUUCUAAAUGGGAGCUUUAGUGACAGCGGAGUAACAAAAUCCAAAAAGCACCGGCGGAAAUCAGGACACACAAGCGCUGAGAGUGGGGGAGAGAGCAGCAGCGAUCAGGCUUAUGGUGCAUUUGAGAUCAGAGGCCGCAGAUGGAUCACCAAAGAUUAGAAAAGGCCUGAGGCUGUUGCACAUGUUUGUGAAAGGUAUGACUGAUAUUCCUUCUGCUCACCCUAAAAGUCUGAUGAAUAUUAAACACUGUACAGAUUUGAAGAUUCUUUGUUCUGUAGCAUGAUUUCUUAUUACAAAAAAAUAUGAUCAGCCAUGGUCGGGUUUCGCCUUGUAAUCAUCAAAUAUAAUAGCCAUUUCUAGUUAAUCACCAGCAACACAACGGCCUGCUGAAGAAAAUGGCUUCAGCGUAUGGAACGAGAGAGAGUUUCAUGAGAAACAUGACUUCUAUCUAUUUGAGCUUUUGACUGCACCAAGUGGAUAUCACGCAUCCAUUUCCGACAAGUAACAACAUAUUCGUCUUUCAGUUUCCACUUUCAAGUCAAGUUCAUAGAUUCUGUAUAUACACAUACGAUAUGGUAACCUUUUUACAUUUC